ACAGACAGAGAGAAGCCAUUCAAAUAAAAUAAAAAUAAAAAUAAGAAACACGCAGAAGUCACAAGUUCAGAACUUCAUAUCAGAUUGUCAAGAGUUCUUAAAACGAAACACAAAAAUCAGAUUGUACGCAAAGCAUUCAUAAUAGGAUCGUGCUGCAGCUACAUUAUGGGCUCGGUGUUUAGUUCACAAGGAAAGCAACCCCUUUUCUCUUUUGGAGUAAUCUCCGAUGUCCAGCAUGCUGAUGUCCCUGACGGUCGCUCUUUUGUUGGUGUUCCACGGUAUUAUCGACAUAGCAUUCUUGUCUUACAAAGGGCAGUUCAGAAAUGGAACAACCACAAGAAGCAUAAAUUUGUUUUAAAUUUUGGGGAUAUUGUUGACGGCUUUUGCCCACGACACCAAUCCUUAAAUACAGUAAGAAAAGUUGUUGCAGAAUUUGAGAAGUUUGAUGGCCCUGUCUAUCAUAUGAUUGGCAAUCACUGCCUCUAUAAUCUUCCUCGCAACAAGUUACUUCCGAUGCUGAAGAUUCCAAGUGAUGAUGGUCGUGCUUACUACGAUUUUUCCCCAACCCCGGAGUUCAGAUUUGUUGUCUUGGAUGGCUAUGACAUCAGUGCAAUCGGUUGGCCCGAAGAUCAUCCCAAUACAUUGGAGGCUGUGAAGUUCCUCCAAGAGAAGAAUCCAAAUACAGAGAAGAACAGUCCGGAGGGACUUGUGGGCCUCCAGAGAAGGUUCCUCAAGUUUAAUGGAGCUGUGGGGAAAGAACAACUAAAAUGGUUGGAUGGCAUCCUUCAGGAAGCAACAGAGAUGAGACAAAACGUAGUGAUAUGUUGCCAUCUGCCUUUGGAUCCCGGUGCAACGUCUAAGGAAGCACUUCUGUGGAAUUACGACGAAGUAAUGAACGUGAUACACAGUUACAACUGUGUAAAGGCUUGCCUUGCUGGACAUGAUCACAAAGGCGGGCAUUCAAUCGAUUCCCACGGCGUACACCACAGAGUUCUUGAAGCCGCUCUUGAGUGCCCCCCCGGGACGGAUGGUUUCGGCUAUGUGAAUGUUUACAAUGACAGACUAUCACUUAUUGGUACUGACCGUAUGGAAAGUACUGAAUUGCAUUUCAAUCUUCAAGCAGACCUUCGACAAAAUUUGGCAAAGUAGGCAAGUUUCCAAUGUCCAUAUUCUCUAGGUACAAGAGGUUAUCUCUUUUCUUAACUCACCCAUUGUUCUUGCAAAGGACUGCCUUUGUCCUUAAAGAGUAUUGGAAUAAAAUAACUUAAAACUGUUCUAGAUGCUUUUUAUAAAAUUGCCUUUC